AUAAAUUCGGGAUUGGCCUGGCCCGAGGCAGCCAUGCCCACUGCUGCCUGAGAUUAUCCUACAAGUAAUGGAAGUCCGCUAAUUCUCUCUUUUCGAGAACUUACAGACGCUCUCCCUUUUCGAGAAUCAUAUCCUCUGAGAAAAAAAUGCCUCUCAAAUUGGUGGAUGCGACCAUAUCAACAUUCGACAGUGUGUUUGAGAAGUUCAAGUCGGAGGCUGCCAAAAACAAAGCCAAUUUAAUCCUCUUCUUGGCUGAUAAAGACCCUUCUACCAAUCUAAGUUGGUGCCCUGACUGUGUGAGAGCUGAACCUGUAAUAUACAAAAAGCUGGAAGCAUCAUCAGAUGACGUUACACUUCUGCGCGCUUAUGUUGGAGAUAGACCAACAUGGAGGAAUCCUCAGCACCCGUGGAGAGUAGACUCAAAGUUCAAGCUCACCGGCGUCCCAACACUGGUCUGCUGGGAAGAUGAUGCAAUCAAAGGUCGCCUUGAGGAUUAUGAAGCCCACCUUGAGCACAAAAUUAAUGCUCUUAUUUCUGGGAAAUAAGUCUGUUUUUUCUUCCCUAUUAGAUGGUCGGCAAUCUUGCCUGAUAUAGUACUGUUCACAUUUGCCUGUCUGUCAAGCAAAGCUGGCUAAUAAUGUUCAACUUUAAGCUAUGAAGAUCUAUGAAAGUUACAUCUUGCAAUGAACUUGUAGCUAAUCAGCCCAUAAAAAUACUGGUUGUAUGUUGAUGAUAACUGCGUGCCUACGUAAUAGAAUUUACUUUACCAAGGAAA